AUGACGUCGAUGCCGCCACGGCAGCAGCAGCCAGCGUCAACAAACGACAACACAUGGGCCGAGUCCUCGCCUGAAACGUCACCAGGAUCCCUCGUUGCACAGUAUGCUACCAUCAAUGUGGACACUCCCAUGGACCUGGAGAACCAUGACAUCUCGUCAUCGCCGUCCAAGAAGAGGUUCAUAGUGCCGAGGGCUUGUGAUCGGUGCAAGAGGUUGCGGAGGGGUUGCAGCGAAUACCGGCCUUGCCGGCGGUGCACGGACGCUGGUGUCGCAGACCAAUGUCAGGUCGUCACCACGGCUGUUACCUCUGAUGCAUCUCCUGGGGAUCUCCAGUCUGCGUACCGUCGAUUGUCGGAGCUGGUCUCCGUCACCAUUAUCGACCACUGUGCCGCUAUCUUCUUCGAGAGGCUGUAUCCAACGAUACCCAUCCUGAUACCCGAAUACAUAUCCCGUCUCAAGGCUGAUGCGUUUUCGUCACUCUCCAUCGAAAACUUGGGCAGAGUGAAGAGUCUGUGUGUUCUGGUUGCCAUGUGCGGCCAGGUACUUCUCCAGACUGGCGGGUCCGAAGAUUUAUUCAACCAGGGGCUCAUCCCCGAGGGUGGCCAGGCCUUUGGGCAAAUGCUUCUUGAUGCGCUUGUAUCGGUGUACCAAAUACUUCCUCGAUACACGCCCGUUACUAUUCAAUCGUGCCUCACGUCCUUCUUUCUCUACGCCUGCGAAACUGGUCUCUCUCACCACAGCCGAGCCUUUCAAUUCCUGCGCGAGGCCACAACACUGCUUCUCCUAUUCCAGCUUAACAACGCGACCGACAAUCUGGACCGGCUUAUUCAUGGUAGACUGUUCUGGGUGCUUCUCAUCUCCGAGCGGUCGCAUGCGAUUCGAUAUCGACGGCCCAUCACAAUGCAAAUCACAGCCGAGACUCCCUCUCUCGAUACAACGGACCCGCAGCUCGCCGGGUUCUGGAGCCUGGCAGCCUUGUUUAGUCCUAUCGACACGUCGUUUGUCGCCGUGUUUAACCACGAGGUGAUUUCCAUAUCCGUCACCCCUGAAUCACUCGACAAUGUGGAGUCCCGGGUCAACUUGGCCCUGAGCCCGUUGAGGCUCGAUCUGCAUGACACGCAAAAGGCCAACUUGAGGGUGACACAGCUGUGGCUGCGAAUCAUCAUCUGGAAGCUCCGCCUCCAUUUGGGGUACCUGGUCGAGGACUCGUACCAGCAUAAUCUAACAUUUCGGUACCCAAUUGACGUGGCCAAGGACCUGAUGCUAUCAACUAGCGAUCUUCUUCCCUCCAGUCUCGAGGUUCAUGGUGUCGGCAUGACCGAGAAACUGUUUGACGUGGCAUCGGCACUUGUUGAUGUCCUCGCUCGCAUACCCAUAAACUCCCCAAGUUUGAACCGCAACGCAGCAAUGGACACGCUACCCGAAGAUGUCUUGUCGUAUUUGCGAAACCUCAUUCGAAAGUUACCUGAAGGAGAAGGAGUCUAUGAUGACUUGAUUGAGAAGCACAUUCAGCAGACAGCCCCGAAUUUAGCCACUGAGAGAUUCAAGAAAUAA